AUGGAAUCCUUCUUCCAGUAUCACCGGAUUUGCCAGGCCGUUCGCGAGGAACUGGCAGAAAUUAAAGAGAAAUGUGCCUGUCCGGACUAUACCAUUGGAUCUAGGCAUAGCUCAAGCUGCGAGCUUAAUUCUCAUUCGUCCGAGAAGGAUGAAGAACAGCAGGCUUUGUCCACUCUAACUGACACAAUAUCUCCUGACUUCCUGAUUGUUGUUGGCUGGCGCAGCAAACAUGAUUCCAUGAACCCGGCGAACUACAGUGUGCCACUAAAACUGGGAAUGACGUUUCUCGUCUCGCUGCUUGCUCUGGCGGUUACGGCUGCAUCGGCCAUUGAUGCCGUCGGUGUUGCACAGUAUAGCCAGGAGUUUGGGGUGUCGACCGUGGCUGGAUCUCUGGCGACUGCUCUCUUCCUUAUUGGCUUCGCUUUCGGAUCUCUCUUUUCAGGCCCAUUCUCAGAAACUUUUGGCCGGAAUGCCAUCUACCUUUCUACAAUGCUGCUCUACUUGAUCUUCAUCAUGGCCACGGCCCUGGCACCGAACCUUCAUAGUCACCUCAUAUUCCGCUUCAUCGCAGGUUUCUUCGGCUCAACGCCGCUCAGCUGCGCGGGAGGCACAGUCGCUGAUUUGUGGAAUCCAGCUCAAAAGGCCUACGCAUUUCCCGCAUAUGCUAUCCCCGCUUUUGCAGGCCCGGUCAUCGGCCAAAUUAUGGGUAGCUACAUUCCUGUUACCUUGGGAUGGCGCUGGCUGGAAUGGAUUAUGCUUAUUAUGGGAGGAACGAUUCUCGCCGCGGUGGUUGUACUACAGCCGGAGACGUACGGGAAUCUUCUCCUGAGGUGGAGGGCGUCCGCAUUGCGCAAGGAAACCGGUGAUGAGAGAUACAAGGCACCAAUGGAGAUACACCUCGAAAGCCUAGGUCAGAGGCUGUUGGCCGCUAUUUACCGACCGUUUCUCUGGAGUUUUACCGAGCCCAUUAUUAUUCUUUUGUCUCUGUACAUGACAGUCAUAUAUAUUGUGCUGUUCACCUUCCUUGAGGGAUACACGUUUGUAUUCGGUGAGACGUAUGGGCUCACUCAAGGGAUGACCAGUAUCGUCUGGGCCGGGAUGCUCGUUGGCAUCAUUGCGGUCGUUGGUAUCGUCCCUGUUGUAUACUCUUGGACUGCUGCCGAGUACCGGAAGACUUCUCGUGUCCUCCCGGAAACCCGUUUGUGGUAUGCUAUGUUGGGCGGCGCUCCUGCCGUGCCGCUCAGUCUGUUCUGGAUGGGAUGGACAAGCUAUCCGAGUAUCUCGAUUUGGUCACCCCUGGUUGCGUCCGCCGUGUUUGGGUACGGAAUCACAACUAUUUUCAUCAUCGCGUAUAUGUACAUCAUCGACUCAUAUGACAUCUACUCCGCCUCCGCGCUAGGGUUCCUCGUUUUCUCCCGGUACAUCGUUGCUGGUGGUAUUACCGUUGCGGGCGAGCCGAUCUAUCGCUCCAUCGGUGUUCACUAUACUCUGACCAUUAUGGGCUCGAUCGGUACGGUCAUGGCAUUUGUCCCGUACAUUCUUUAUCUAUACGGGCCUAGGAUCCGGAAGUUUAGCAAGUUUGCUGUUAAUGUGGAUUAA